UGUUGUGGCAUGCCAGUCUCCAAAAGGGCACUGCACUCGCCAUGAAGACUACAGUGUGAUCUAUGUUGUUAUGUGUUGUUUGUGACAGCCCAAAGCAGUGGUGGCUGCUGGUCCUUCUGGACAUUAAUAACACAACAUAGCCUGCAUUUCUGGGUUGCAUAAUAACAUACUAUAAUUCCUGCUGCUUUUAAUGUGCAUUGUGCAGUGGGCAGUUCAGCGGGUGAGUUACUAUUGACCUACAGCUGGUGGAUAGAGGAGCUGGUAACUCACGAGUUGGGAGUGGCUACUAUAUGCAGUAAGAAGCUGUAGAAGCAGUGACAUCUAAUGUUUAAGUCUGGGUGAGAAUUGCUGUGCAGCAACUGUAGGACCAGCUAGAGCAAGAAGCAUUGACAGUGAAUCAUCAGUUGUGCAGCAGGAGGAAGUGACUUGGGGUUCGUUAAAUCAUCAACUGCUAUAGUAGAGCAGAGCUAAGGAAGGCUGCAGCAGGGACAACAGGAUACAUUGAAUUAUUUGCUAAGAAGCCAGGUUUUAUAUUGGUUUGUAGUCAUGGACUACGACAAAGAAGUGAUAAUAGUGGAUAAGGGAGGGUCAGAGGAGGAAACACCCCUCACUGGUAAUGGCAGUGUCAGGAAACCAUCGCCAUCUGUCUCACAGGAGAAUAUCAAACUGGAGGAGAUGGAGGGAAUGACUGGUCCUCCCCCACCACCGCCAGCAGAAAAUCUGUAUCCAGUUAUAAACCCUGGCCCCACUCCAGUGGAGGUCCCUCCCACCACACCAAGCUCAAUACCCAUAGGAUUUGAGGGACAAGGCAAACCAAAAGGAAUAGACAAUCCUGCCUAUCUAAUGGACAGUGGCAAAAUGGACCCAGCUCAGGACAGUGACUUGCCAACUGCUGUUGGUCAUUCGGAAAGUGACCAGUCUGCACUGCUUGGGGACGAUGCUGAGACAGGGAAAGUCAGGCAGCGUGCUGAGGAGGAAUUAAAACAUGAUACUCUUAGAUCAGCUUUAAUGUCACAGAAACAAGGUGGUGUGGAAACAGUUGAUAUAGAAAAUGUACAUCCAGCAAAGAAAAAGGAUGCAGCUGAGACAUUAUUGUUCAAGGAUGGAAUUAGAAAAAUUGACUUUGUGCUGGCCUAUAAGGAGUCAAAUGAUGUAUCAAAGGAAGAGAAACGCAUGGUAUUCAAACGCAACUUGCUGGAUGAGGGCGUCGAAAUGGAAACGGAAGAUAAAUCAGAAUCCACAGAUGAGAAAACAUACUUCAUCAAAAUCCAUAUUCCCUGGGAGGUAAUGCUGAGAUAUGCUGAGAUGAUGAGAAUGAAAAUGCCUAUCAAGGAAAAUGACAUAGACCCCACAGAUGACUCCGAGAAAACUUGCCCCAAUCCAUUUGCUGUAGAUGAGGACAUCAUAAAGCCAGAACCCAAUUAUUUCACAGCUGCCUUUGACAGAGAGAGGAUGAAACAAGGGAUGUUCGUGAUCAAAGACAAAGAAUCCUUUUUCACCAAUGCUCAGCGUAGUCGUGUGGCCUAUGAGAUUCUUGCAAGGAUGAGAUACGAUGACACUGAUAAAGACAAAUUUGGCAUCAAAAGGUUGAUAAGUAAUGGAGCAUUUGCAGCAGCUUACCCACUGCAUGAGGGCAAGUAUAAGACGGAACAUUCUGUGCUAACCUGGGGAGCUGACAAUGAGAGAGUACCUGGUGAUUAUGAUUACCAUUUGCUGGGGUUCCGCCAGGAAGAGUGUGAUCCUGCAGGCUGUUUGAUUGAGCUGUGCAUUCAGCUCAUGAUUAUCAUGGUGGGCAAGCAAGCCUUCAACAACACCAAGGAAAUUAUUAUACCGAAGAUCAUGAACUUCUGCCGCGCCCGGAAUUCUAAGAAGAUAGAGGAGACAAAUCUCUACACAAGAUGGGAGCAGGACUUUGAUCUUGGCACCAUGCCACCUCUUGGACUCUUUGAUGAAUAUUUGGAAAUGGUCCUACAAUACGGUUUUGUCACCUUGUUUGUGGCUGCGUUUCCACUGGCACCUCUGUUUGCUUUGAUCAACAAUGUUAUUGAGAUACGACUGGAUGCUUACAAGUUUGUCACACAGUGGAGAAGACCUUUGGCAGACAGGGCGCAAGAUAUAGGCAUUUGGUGGGGAAUCCUGAACACUUUAAGUAUGCUCUCGGUGCUCACUAAUGCCUUCAUUAUUGGUUUCACAUCAGAGUUUGUUCCAAAGCAGCUAUAUCUGUUUACACAAAGUACCACUGGGGAUCUGACUGGAUACACAAACUUCUCCUUAUCUUCAUUUGAUGUCAAAGAUUUCCAGAAUAAAAGUAUCCCCAACGAUCCUAAAAUAGAUGUUUUUGGAAAUGUUACUAGCUGCAUGUACCGAGAUUUCCGUGAGGACCACGCACCUUACAACCCCACUCUCACAUACUGGCAUGUCUUAGCUGCCAGGCUAGCCUUUGUAUUGGUCUUUGAGCAUGUUGUAUUCUUACUUCGCUUCAUUGUUGCCUUCAUCAUCCCUGAUGUACCAGGUUUCAUCAAGAUCCAGAUGCUGAGAGAGAAUUACUUAGCCAAGGAAGCUCUUUACACGGCAGAACUAGAGAAAUCUAAAAACGAAAGAGAGAAGCAAGAUUAAUACCUCUGUAUUCAGAAUUUCAGUGUUAACAAGAAAUGAUUUUUGCACUAUUUUAGAUAAAGGAUGAAUAACUGAGGGUUGUUAUACAGGAAAAGUAAAGAGUCUAGAUAUGUGUAUAUAUAUAUAUCUCAUUGUCUUUGUGUACAGUUAUGUAUCAGCUAUUUUUUACAAAGGAAAAGACUUGAUCUUUCUGUCAUAUGUUUACUACAGUUGUUAAAGGUUCACAAUAUGCUCAGGAGAUAUGCUUUGUUGACUGUAUUCUUGAUAAGCUGAGAAAUUGAUUUACAUUUUUAUAACAAAAUUGUAUCUGUUACUUUGCAGAUACUGGUCUGUGAAUUCUAUAUUGUUGAUAAAUGUAUGCCACUUUCACCAAUUACGGUAAAUCUAUUAAUUUUAAAGUUUUUAAUGUUUUAUGAAGAGCAGAUUUAGAUAAUACCAGCAUUAAAUGCAAAGGCAAUCAGUUUGAAUAUUUGAGCAAGCAACAAUAAGGGAUUUGGUUUUCAAUUCCACAUAAGAUAUUUGUCCGUAUUGGACAAAUUAUGCCAUUGUUUGUUUCAAGAAAAAAUAAUUGGUUAAUUGUUUUGAGAAUGAAUAUAUUGGUUCUGAUAAAGUCGGUUACAUUUUUGUGCAGAUGAUCUAUGUUGUCUGCUUAUUACAAGAUUCUGUUCUGGCAGUUCUGAGGCCUGUUUCACAAAGAAAAACUCAGUUUUGAGGUUAAGCUUAGACUGCUAAACUGGACAUUUGAAAUUAUAAGUGUAUACAUGUAGUUGUGAUAUUGAAGUGGCUAUCAUCACCACUCAAGAGUUAAAAUCAUCACUAAGACAAUCACAAUAUGCUCUGUGGGCUUGGUAAAAAACCAACAAAACAAGGUAGGCAGAGUCUUUUUAGAUCAGCUUAGCUAUUUAUUCACACAUAAAUCUUUGCUUUGACAAAUUUUCAACUUCAGUCAUUUUGUGAAACAGGCCUCUGGUUUCAUACUUAGAUAUAUACAGUGUACAUAAUCAGUACUUGAAAAUUUGUUUACAUUUUCAAUUUUGUAAGUUUAUUUUUUAUCUGUUGAUUCUGUAUCAAUUGUAGAGUGCAUUUUAUUGGAUUUAAACAGAUAUCAUGGUAGGAUAUCACAGACUCAUUCAGUCUGAAAAUGUUUGUACAGAAGGUGUGAAAUACACUGAUUUUUGCCGGAGCAUGGUUCCUUCAGCUGUUCUGGAAUAUUUACAACAGUUAACCUAUUUUCUUUGAAAUUUUUCUCUAAAAUAUCUCCCUGAUCACACAUAAAGGUAGUCAUUUUCAUUAUUUCAAAUUAUUGCAGCACCAUACAGUUUAGAUUAAAGAAGGAGAUAGCUAUAUAUUUUUUCUAUCAAAUUGUACUAUCUGGUGAUCAGUAUCAAGCUUGGAUUCACAAAUUAUGUCAAAUGUAUCUAUGUCUUUGUUAUUCUAGUCGUGAAAUAAGCACUGUUAAAAUUUAAAACACUGACAGAAUGUGUGUAAACAGUUGUCUUUAGAAUAAGUGAAUCCAGAGCAAAAAUUCUAAACGCUUGACUAGAAUUGUUUUCAUUUUGCGAAAUUUGCAAUUGUCUGCACCGCAGGCCGUGUUCACAGUCAUGACAGAGCUUUGCUCAUCUCCCUUUCAAUAUACUAGGACGUGUACCGGGUAUGUGGGUAGAUUUAAUUCACCUCUCAGUAGGUGAUUGUUGUUUUCUAUAAUGGGUUUAGCUUCUUUUAUACGUGUUUCUUGUGUUGCAUGCACUUAACGCCGAAACCGUAUUCUCAGAGUAACAGUACAAAUAUAAUUAUUUUCCUUCUCCUUGGGUCAUUUUCCAAGUGUAAUAUUUGACCAUUAGCUCAUGUAAAGAAAACGGCUACUACUACUACCAGAUUUUUGAAAACGUAUUUUUAUUACGUUAAUAGGAUUCUUUAUAAAUAAAAGAGCAUUUGUAGAACGGUAA